UCGACGAGAUUUUCGCAUUUUUGUUUAUUCGUUUACGUAAUCACGCAUGUGUGAUAAGACAUCGAGCUGCCGUUUAAAAGUUUAAAAGAAAAGAUAAGUUUCUUUGUAAACUAAAUGUUAUGAUUACUUAAGCUAAGUAAUAUAAGUAUUUAGGGAAGUCCUCGAAAUUUGAUCCAAUUAGAUUAUCACUUUUAAGGGCAUGGAAUUAUACGAAGAUGUCGUAUCCCUUCAAGAUCUGUGUCUUUUAACAAUCAGUGGUUAUCUCUCUCCCUCCAAUGUCUGGUCCAUUCAUAGACUUGUACCCUAUGUACACUGUCCAAGAAUCGAGCACAUCGUUCACUCGUUCAUUUGUGACAAUUUCAUGGACAUUUCUCACACCGAUCAGUUCUUGGCUUUGGACGAGAAAGAAAUGCAAUGGCUGCUCGAGAACCAAGAUAUCAAAGUAUCGGAAGCAGCCAUGUUAGACAGCUUAGUUCGAUGGUACAAACACAAGGGAAAGCAACGAGAAAAUGCUUUCAAACAGCUGUUUGAACAACUACACUUGAGUGUAAUCAGCAAGAAAUUGUUAUGGUCAUUGAUCAAGAAAUAUAAGCUAGUGAAAGUUAUUCCUGAACUACGCAAGCAUAAGUCCAAGAAGACGAUGAAAAAUAUGCUUCCUCAAUCUCUGAACAUUGAUGACUUAGUUCAUCAGGAAAACAUUGCAGUGGUGAUAUGCAAUGGAAGUUUGGAGCCUAGGGCAGGCAUUUGGACCUACCGUUUGCCUUUAAAUUACUCAAAGGAAUUAACCGAGCAAACUUUACUGUGCGACAAAAUUCUUCUGAAAACCGAAUCUGGUAAAUUCCAUCCGCGCUUAGUUUUACCUCUUUCCCCAUGUGUUUAUUUAAUGGAUGUCUGCAUUAGGAAUUACAGAGAAUAUGUCGACAGUACCAUGUUGUGCUGUGAUAUAACGACAGGUCAUGUCACCAAAUGUGCUUCGAUACCCAAACCGAGAAAUUUCAGUUAUCCGCACAUUUGGACUGCUGCACCAUGUGGGAUAUUUCUAUUUGUUUUGCUUUGUACUGAAAUAACCAUUAACAACUAUCGUUAUGACACCAUUAAAGACGAAUGGAAAGAAUUGCGUCCCAUAAAUCAACUUUWUGGGGUUUCCAUUAUCAGUGGCCCGAAAGCCGUUAGUACGUCUUUUAGAAACGAAUAUGUAUUUGUAAUUGGUAGAAUUGGUGGGGCAAAAUAUAAUGUUUACACAAACACAUGGCGUGAAGUCAGAGUUCCCUGGUUUUCAUGGCCAUGUCUAGUGGACUACAUGGGCCAAGUGUCUGAUGAAGACAUUGAUAAUUCCCACUGCACUUCAACAAAUGACAAGGUGUUGGUAAUAGUUCCACAGAAAAGACAUCUCUUCGUCUACACCCCUCAUUGCCACAGCUGGAAAUCAAUGGAAUUGAAAUGCGAUAUUCCUCGUGGAGUGAGUAUAUACAACUUUACUGCAAAAACUCUGAAUGGCCGUUUGUACUUACUUUACCAACUCCAGAAUUUCCGUCUGUACAUCUCUGUAUUAGACAAUGACCUCAAGAAAGAGAGAAAGCUCCUCGAGGAUAAGGAGUCAAUGAGUUUUGUACACACGUUGAACUUGAUAUCACUGACAAGAGUAGGUCGCAUCAUUGCUGGCAGUUUGGUGUAAUUUCAUAACAUUGGGAGAUCAUUUGCGAUGAGUAKUUUAUCAUUUUUGUCCACAAUUUUUUAAGAAGUUCCUGGAAAACAGGAUGUCCAUGAAUUUUYGCUGAAGCUUUUCGCACUUGCAAUCAAUAUAUAGACACGUCGGCAGCUGUACCUUGUGUCAGCGCAACUAUGUAAUCUUAACACAUAAAUUACGAUUGCAUAAAGGCUGAUUUACUCGGUACGACUGUCGCGUACGACUUGUAGUAUACGAUUUUCCUACUACAAGUCGUAGGA